AUGGUAACAACCACGGGGCAGUGUACGACCGAUGGGGCUGCGCCUUCCACCAAGGUCUACUAUUAUUUGGAUGACAACACGCCGUAUUUAUCAGUUGUACCGGUUGCGGAUGAUAUGAUAACACUGGGCGAUUUCAAGAGGGUGUUCAACAAAAAAGGCUAUAAGUAUUUCUGCAAGCAGCUCGACAAAGCUAUUGGAUGUGAAGUAAAAGUGGAAAUACACGACAAUGCAACGAAAUUGGCGAAAUCAGCAAAUGGAUUGAUCGAAUUAGUACUUCUUUCGACAUCCGACAAUAUCUACUGUUCGGGAACACUGCCGAGGGUCUCCGCGAAAGCGAAUAAAGCACAUUCCUGUGGAAAAUUGCAGGAUUUUAAUCUGAGAAAACGGCGAUCUUUGCACGACGACUUGACUACCUCUGAGAAUUUCGGCAAUAACCACGGCGAUCGCAACAAGAGCAACGAAAAUAGCAUUACCGCGAGUAGUCUAACCACAGUGAUCAGCAAACGAGCUGGCGAAGGUUUGGCGGAACUAUAUACAUCCAAUUCGGAAGACACGUACCGCCUGGAUGAGCAGCUCACUUCAAGAUAUAAGCAGUCUGGUGCAUGCUCAUCUGCCUAUCCCAAUUCACUGAUUGUAAAUCCACGCGUCGGUUGCGUCCGCAGAGAGAGACGUCCUCGAAAGGAGCGGUACAGAAAAGCCUAUGUACCGAGCACCAUUUCUUCGAUCACCGAAAGCAGGUUUGCAUGGCAGUCUUACAAAAAGUGCAUUAUUAUUUGCACUGCUAUUUGGCUUCUGCCUAAACCAUCCAUGCUCUUUGAUGGUUAUGCAGGUGGUGCCGUUGAUCUGGAUGGCCGCAUUGAAAUUGGCGAUCAGAUUGUCCAAGUAAACCGGAAUUCGUUCGAAAAUUUGAGGGACGUUGAAGCAGUGGAUUUGCUGAGGAAGGCUGCAGCUAGUUGCAAGCCUGUGACACUGUAUGUGGCUAAGCGGACGUCAAGUAAUUCGGAACAGCGUGCUAAUAUUCUCUCAGGAAUUGCAUCGGAAACAAUGCCCAUCGAUAUAUCGCUUUGGGUGGAAAGCACCAAGUAUAAUAUUGCGAAACCACCAAAAGAUAUCGAGGAGGGUGCAUCGGCUAUGAAUGGCGACGUGACAGCUGUUGAGGCGAGUGAGACUGAUUUGGAAGGAGCUUAUGCUGAGCGACAAAGUGGUGUACCCUCAAACAGUCAAGUAUGCUCAAAACUCAAGCAGUUGAAUUCUCCAGACACAAAUAUCGCCUUUAGCGUUGAGGAUAUGGCCAGGCGACGGGAGAACGAAGAAAAUGUCAUUUCGGCCGUCUCUCAUGACGUAAAACGAUCACAUUUGCUUGCCACUAAACACCUUUUUUGUAAAAAUGGCCUUUUUUCCGGUCGUGAUUUGGUUGAUUGGCUGAUGGAACAUGUGCAUGGUAUCACGGAUCGUAAAGCGGCUCGCGCUUAUGCGUCGAGAUUGCUCGCUGGUGGACACAUUCGACAUGUCGUUAAUAAACUUACCUUCACCGAAAAGUGCUAUUAUGUUUUUGAAGGUAAUUCACGUUUUUUUUGGGGGAUCUGUUGGAAGGAGAUCUGUCGCCUCCAGGGUUGUUCGUUUUUGCACAUUUUCUAA